AUGAACUUGGAACGAGCGCUAGACGCGUACGAGCUUCAAGACGCCGCGUGGCAUGUGCCAAGUGGUUGGUGUUCUAAAACAUUCAACUUUGACUCUCGGUUAGGCAGCCGAGGGGGAAGCGAGACUGUGAGUCUACCGCGCUUGCAAUACACUUCAGGCUGA